CGCCCACGGCGUUAGGAAGUUGCUGGCUAGUUAGUUACACGCGGAGGCUGGACGCGGGGCAGCCCGAUCACCUGCGCGCAGCCAUGCCGGGCAAAACCCGGCUCCCCAGCCGGGAGCAAGCGCUGCCAGGCAGACCGCGGAGACUCCCCGUGUCAGCCAAACAUGCCGUCAGUGGGAACGCGACGCUCCCGCCGUUCCCAGAGGGAAUGCAGAUGGCCGUUUUCGGCAUGGGAUGUUUUUGGGGAGCCGAGAAGAUGUUCUGGAACUUGCCAGGCGUCUUCUCCACCCAGGUGGGCUACGCAGGAGGCUUCACCCCAAACCCCACCUACAAAGAAGUCUGUACAGGUCUGACCGGACACGCAGAAGUGGUCAGGGUUGUGUACGACCCACAGAAGACCAGCUACGAGGCCCUCCUCAAAGCCUUCUGGGAGAACCAUGACCCCACCCAAGGCAUGCAGCAAGAGGAGGAUGUCGGCACACAGUAUCGCUCGGUCAUCUACACAUUCGGAGCCCAGCAGAGGGAUGCUGCCCUGAAGUCGAAGGCGACGUAUCAACAGGAGCUGGCCAAACGGCAGCUGGGGCCCAUCACCACUGAAAUCCAGGCGGCCGGCGAGUUCUAUUACGCAGAGGAUUACCACCAGCAGUACCUGCACAAGACCCCCAAGGGAUACUGUGGCCAGAAGGGGACCGGCGUGGCCUGUCCCAUCCGCCCCGCAGCUGAACAAGAGUCAUGAGGGGAGUAUGCCUGGGAGCCGUGGCGAUCAACACCCAGGAGCAGUUGCCAUGGGAACGCAAGCAGCCUAGCACCUCAUUUUAAGCGACCGUCGGGAGCGCAGGUGGCUUUUCUUUUCCCAGCCACCUCCGGCCCCAGCUGGACGGCCCGAUUCACAGACGUGACGGGUUCUGCCCCUGGAGUCCCUUCCUGCCCUGCGUUUCUGGACGGUUACCAUAGCGCGGGGGACGUCCAAGGCCAUGCUCUGGGUCUGAUCCCCGGCAAGGCUCCAGGGUUCAGAGAUCACCCCUCGGUCCUGGUUGCUUUGCGGUGCCCUCCAGGCUGAGGUGGGGGGUCUUGCCUUGGUCCUGUUGGCCCUGAUUGAAGAGGAAGCCUCCCGGAGCUGAUCCUGCACAACCAGCAGCUGCUACUGGCUCCUUGUCCUGAUCUGCUCACCCCUACGCGCCCCCUUCCCUCCAGAGCGUCCUCUGGGGUCACUUUGAUUCACUGGGAGGCUGGAGCAUAGGAGAGGGGGUAACUCGCUUGCUAACCGCCUGGAGAAUUUCCUCGCUCCAUUGCCACGGCCACCACAGCAUCUGUCACACAGGGACCAGCGGGACUGGCCAGGGGAUGGGGCAGCCUCAGCACCACAACGUGAGGCAAGGCCAAGAGUUUUCAGCCGCCUUUGCUGCUGGAUUUGGGAGGGUCUGGACAGAGGUGCCCAGCCCUGGGGACGCAGGGGCCUCGGGGCAGGCAGCAAGUGCUCUGCUCUCUCCACCUGGCUUUGCUAGACAACACUGGGGAGGCUGCAGCCCCCCCCUUCCCCCCUCCACGCUGCCAGCCGGAGCCUCACCCCUCACGUUUGGUGGAGAAGGAGCUGGGCCGUCGCUGAAGGUGGUUGAUGCCUCCCCAUGGAGAGAGCGGGGACCCAUUAACUUUCAGCCAUUAGACUCCAGGGCAAGAAGCCCCCUCUCCUGGGGCUUAGCCUGGCCUCCAGCCUCCCCCUUCCCCCCCCAUCACCCUUGACAAUGACACCAAUUCUCCCUACUCCACUGGUCUCCUGGAUCCUCGGUGGCCUGGAGAACGAGGCUCCCCGAGCAGUGGACACAGGUGCUGGCCGGGUUAGCAACCAGCAGCCCUGCCCUGCCCAUGAGCAGCAGGGUUUGUUAACGUGCCCUGGGGGCAGCCGUGGGUGGGGGGAGCUUGUAAUGGGCUCUGCCCCAGGGGACUGGGAAAGCAGUCGCUGAAUCCUGACUCGCUGUCCCUGGGCUCCCCUUGGUGCACGGUUUGACCUCCUCCCGAUCUGAGCCCAGGAGGGGAGGAGACGCAUCUCAUGGGCUGCCGUCUGCUCGCCUGGCCUUUCUCUCUGCUCUCCCACUGCCUGAGGAGUCACUUGCCCCAAGCCCCGGCUGGCCAAGGGGGGGUGAUGCUUCCCGUGCUCCCUGCUGGGGCUGCCCUAACUCGUAUGGUCCUGGGGGUCCCGCCCCUCCGUCGGGAUUCCCAGCCGGUGGCAGCACCCCCCAGCCACUUAUUUCACCGACGGUUCCCCAGGAACCUGCAGUUCCCCCCCCCCCGCCCCCCAGAUGUGUCUAUUGCUUCCUCAGGGCCUGCUGGGCCCCUCUGAAGAGUUUGCUCCUGCCCCUCACUGCAGCGAUCGCCAGCUGGGCCUUGCCCUCUAGCUGGGCGGGAGAUCGUCGUCGUCCCUACUUCUGCCUGGCCCUGCGUCCUUGCUGAGCCCCCUGCCGGUCUUUCUAACCCAGCCAGCUCCGUCUGCCAGGCUGCCCUGCCCCUGAGCUCCCAGCACAUGCUGCCCUGCCCACGCCCAAACCCACCACCCGCUA